UGCAUCUUGUUGCAUGGCUUUCUUUUGAAUCUCUUUUUCUCUUUUUUUUGGAAGAAAAAUCUCUUUUUUUCAAAUCAAUGCAAUUUCUUACAAUUCUGAGCUUAAUUCUGUCUCAUUGUACUUGAAGAAUGUAUAUUUACGAAUAGAAAAGAGGUAGUAGAAGAAGAAGAACAAGAGGCUCAGAAAAAGCAGAAAUGGCUGAGCUAAUUUGCAAAAUGCCGGAAGAGAUGACAUUGCAAUUUCUUUCGAGGCUGCCUCCCAAAUCUCUGAUGCGAUUCAAGUGCAUCCAUAAGUCAUGGUAUGCUUUGAUCAAUAAUCCCAAGUUCAUAGACAAGCACCUCCACUUGUACAACAAAGACUCCUACACUUGCUUCCUUCUCAAGCGCUCCGUGGUUGCAAGAACCCAAAGUAUCAAAGAGGAGAUCUUAUUUUCAUUCCUUUAUGUUCCGAAUGACAAUGAUGAUGAAGACAGUCAUCCUCAUUGUGUUGUGGAGGACAUCUAUUUUCCGACUGCUAUGGGUCUAAAGACUAAGGGGCACAAUAUUGAGCUCCCUGGGUCAUACGGUGGUGAAACUAUAUACAUUUUAGGUCAUUGUGAUGGGAUCAUUUGUCUAGUUUAUCAUAGCGGAGGCCUUGUGUUCUACAACCCAUCGAUACGAGAAUUCAAGAUUAUUCCCCCUUCAUGUCUUACCGAGUCAUUCUCUUGUGUUGGGGGAUUUGGAUAUGAUCCAAAAUGUAAGGAUUACAAGGUGGUUAAUAUUGUACCAUCAGGUGAAGAUUCAUAUGAUCAUAACCAGCGUCUGGUUAUUUAUCCUCCAAGGGCAGAAGUAUACACUUUGAGUACUGAUUCUUGGAGGCAAAUCAAGAUUGAUUAUUUAGAAACAGAAACUACUAGCUUUUGGCCUGACAUUUAUCAGAUGUGCUACAAGGGAGUUUUUUAUUGGUUGGGUCAUGAACAAGAUAAGGAAUACCUCUGUUAUUAUGACAGGCUUUCGUCGCCAAGCAUUAGGGAUGUAAUCCUUUUGUAUGACACUGGUGAAGAGGUAUUUCGUACUAGACUACUUCCGGAUAGUUUCAAGGACCUAGGAUUGCAUGCUUUAUCUAUGAGUCUAACAAUGUGGAAUGGAUCUAUUGCUCUUUUUGGCUUUUCUUAUUGGGGUCCGGAUAUUGAGUCCUUCAAAAUAUGGAUGAUGGAUGACUUUGGCAGUUGGACAAAACACUUGACCUAUGAGACCAUAAUGGGAAUUUAUUUGUCAUUGGUGUUAUGGAGAAGUGAUGACGUUCUUAUGGUUGCCAAUGACGGACGUAUAGUCUCCUAUAGUCUAAGUAGAGAUAGGGUUAAGUAUUUUCCAAUUCAAGGUGUUUGGGGAACUUAUCAAGCUUUCGUUUGUGUGAAUUCGAAUAGUAUUGUUUCAGUCAAGGGAGGCAACAAGGUUGAGAGCAGAGAUAUACAAACUAGUAAUGUCCUCCUGUAACUUCUCCUAUGUUUCGUGUUUCUAAGUUUGUUGAAAUGUUUACCAAGUCGAAUGGACUGCUAAUGAAAUCAAAUUUCUUGUUG